CUAUAGUGAUGGAAUUUUACUACUAUAAAUAAAUCUCCACUAACUUAUAAUUUUCCAAAAGAAGUGAGGUGUAUGAGUAAUGGCGCUUUGUCAUCUGAUUCUCUUGCAGCUUAUGGUGUUACUCUUGCCAAUCAAAUCAUCAUCAGAAAAUUGUCAACCAUACUGUGGUGAUAUCUCCGUAUCUUACCCCUUUGGUAUCGGAGAAGAAUGCUACUUCGAUAAGAGCUUCGAAGUAACCUGCGUCAACUCUUCAAGAGCUUUCUUAUCUGGCAGCAAUCUAGAACUAUUUGAAGACCCAUAUUAUCUAAUGGGUACGGUUGGCGUCAACAUUUCUAAUUCUAUGAGUAGCAUCAAAACAAGCAUCGCUAAAAUCUUUAAGCUGUCAGGCAAGCAUUUUUCCUUUUCAGAUAAGUACAAUAGGUUGGUUGCUAUUGGUUGUAAGGAUUAUAACAUUAUCAACCAAACUCAUAUUACUGAUAGGUGCUUGUCUAUUUCCACUUGUGAUCCUACUAAAAAUCAUGGUUGCUUUAAUUUCAUAUGUACAAUUCCUCCACAUCAUAAGUUUGAUGAAGCAAACUUAAGCUUUAACAUCCAGGGAUGCAAAUCUAGCUUCGUAGCUGAUGGGGAAUGGUUCAGAAGAGAUUACCUAGCGAAUACAAAAGCUUUGAUCGAACACAAAGAUGAUGAACCUGUUCCUAUAAGAUUGGAAUGGGGAAAAUAUCGAGGAAGAUGUGUGGAACCAUAUAAUUCAGGCCCAAUAAAGUGUAAUAAGGAUGAUUACUGUAUGAUCAAGUUAAGCUCAAACCAUUACUGUAGCUGUUUUGGUCAAAAAUCUGACAGCUUUCGAGGAUGUGCAGGUGACUUGAUUUGUAGAAUGACGAGCGGCAACAAUUGCACUGAAUGUUGCACUGAAUGUCCUUCUGGAUACAAGUCUGGUGUUUCUGACCCUUAUGAUACUAGGCCCCAAGAGCCUGAACGACGGUGCUCCACAUCAAGACGUGAUGAUGAAUUUGUUGUAAAAAAAUCUCGAAACAAGUUUUUUAUUUUCAUAGGUUGCAGCUCUGGGCUUGGAACAUUGUUACUAGUCAUUGGAUCAUGGAGGUUGUACAAGUACAUAAAGGAAAGAAAAGCUAUCAGGCUGAAGCAAAAAUUCUUUAAGAAAAAUGGUGGCUUGUUAUUACAACAACAACUGUCUUCCAAGGAAGGUAACAUUGAAAAAACAAAAUUGUUUACCUCAGAGGAAUUGGAAAUUGCCACUGACGAUUAUAAUGCGAAUCGAAUCCUUGGUCAAGGUGGUCAGGGCACUGUCUAUAAAGGAAUGUUAAUAGAAGGAGAAAUUGUGGCUAUAAAAAAGUCCAAGAUGGUGGAUGAAAGUAAAAUUGAGGAAUUCAUUAAUGAGGUGGUAAUUUUAUCACAAAUUAACCAUCGAAAUGUGGUUCAAUUAUUAGGAUGCUGCUUAGAGACUGAAGUUCCUCUCCUAGUCUAUGAGUUCAUUCCUAAUGGAACUCUCUUCCAACAUAUAAAUGACUCAAGUGAGGAGCUACCAUUAACAUGGGAACUACGCUUACGUAUUGCCAUUGAAGUUGCAGGUGUUUUCUCUUAUUUGCAUUCAGCUACUUCCAUACCUAUAUAUCAUCGGGAUAUUAAGUCUACAAACAUACUUUUGGAUGAAAAAUAUCGAGCAAAAGUGUCAGACUUUGGGAGUUCAAGAUUUAUUUCAAUUGAAGAAACUCACUUGACAACUCAAGUACUUGGGACAUUUGGAUAUGUUGAUCCAGAGUACUUUCAAUCAAAUCAGUUUACAGAGAAAAGUGAUGUUUAUAGCUUUGGAGUAGUUCUAGCUGAACUUUUAACAGGACAAAAGCCGAUUCGUUCAACAGGUUCUAUUGAAGAUAAAAGUUUAGCAGCAUAUUUUUCAUGUGCAAUGAAGGAGAAUCGUCUUUUUGAAAUCCUUGAUGCUAGAGUUCUAAAGGAAGGUAGGGAAGAAGAGAUUAUAAAUGUUGCUGAUCUUAUAAGAAGAUGUUUGAAUCUCAAUGGAAAGAAGAGACCAACAAUGAGAGAAGUAGCAAGUCAAUUAGCUGGGAUUAAAGCACUGAAUGGAGCUUCAAUUAUGCAACAAAACUGUGAAGAUGUUAAUUAUAUCGAUGGUGACAUAAGCAAUCACCUUGACAGUAGUUCAUCAAUCUCUGGAGAACUAUCAGAUACUGUCAAUUUUUCAACUGAUGUUGACCUUCAAAUUUCGAAAGAGUGACAAGAAAAGAGAAUAAGAUCAUGUGUUUCCAUUGAUGCAUAUUGUUCGAAUUUAGGGACGUUUCUCCUAGAGUACAUCCUGGAAAUUAAUGCACUGAUUAUCCAUGACUAGGAUUCUGCAGAAUUCUAGUAUGAUCUGUUUUCCUUUUUAUGCAUCUGAUUAUCUUUAUCUUUUCAGUGUUAAAUCUAGAAUUCUCUUUGUCUUAGUAUAAAAAGGAUGCAACGUAUCAGUAUUGUAUUUCAAGCAAAUCAGAAAUAAAAUCAAGCAGACUUGAACAAAAAACUCUGUUU